AUGUCUCUGCGACUGCUGCAGAUAGGCCGUGCAAGCAGAUCUGCUGCUGCUUCGCCCCUCGACCAGACCAUAAAACGCGGACUUCUGUCCACCGUCAAGGAAUCCGACCGCAAAGUAGCAAUAUCGAUAGAGAACCAAGCCAUCGCCCGACAAUUGACGAGACCAUGGAAGGCCGGUGACGUCUACGCUCCUCACGACUUGAGCGCUGCGGAAGCUCGCAAAUGGAGAGUCAAACAUCGUCCCACCACUGAUGCCUUCGAUGCUUUAUCUGUCAAUCCUCUAACAUUGUACAAGAACUUCUCUGUCAUGUCCGAGUACGUCACAGAAAUGGGCCGAAUUCGACAUUCCAACUCGACCGGGUUGCGACCAGUCAAUCAAAGAAAGAUCGCGAAGGCCAUUCGCAGAGCCAUUGCGCUGGGAUUGAUGCCCAGUGUACACAGACAUCCUGAGAUUCUGAAGAAGGAGAUAUCGACGAGACUGUCCAAUUCUGGACGAGUAAGAUGA